AUGGCGAAUAAUGAAUCAUUAGACGAAAAAGAUAACAUGGCAAAAUUACGCCCUCUUAUAUCUCUUCUAAAUCAAAGAUUUCAGCAAUGGAGUAUAUGGAAUGAAAAUCUUUCGAUAGAUGAAGCGAUGGUUAAGUUUUUUGGGCGUCAUUCCAGCAAACAGUACAUAAAAGGCAAACCCGUGCGCUUUGGCUAUAAAAAUUGGAUGCUAUGUAGUUCAAUAGGCUAUUGCUACUCGUUUGAUACCUAUUGCGGCGCUAAAGAUUCCAAAAAACAAAACGAUAUUUCUUUAGGCUCUAGAGUUGUCCUUGAGCUGUUGGAAUGUGUUGCUGUACCAUCGGAUCACAUACUUUUUUUGACAAGUAUUUCAGCAGUCAUGAACUGCUCAAGAUAUUGA